AUGCCCGACCAUGGAGAGCUUCGAAUAAAGAGUCACCGAGUUCACCGUAUGUACCGUCUUCCUAUGACUUCCAAUCAACGCUCGAAAGCUAUUGGUCGCCUCAAACCUGCGGUGGUUGUAAAUCUUCUUCUUGCAACAACCAAAUUAAACUUUAACAGUAAAUAUUGGAGCACGUCAACAUAUCGUGGGAGAAAGAUCGAUAUCAUGUUGUUCGAGCCGUUUAAGUUGCUUGAAGAAGAAAGAAAAAGAGGAGCGCGAGAAGAAAAGUUUUGUGUAACGGUUAAAUGGAGAACAUCACCCAAUGCGGCUUAA